AUGGACUUAAACAAAUUAUCUUCAGAGAUGGGUGGCCCCUUUUUCAGCUUGCUUGAAUAUGCCGCCAACAACGAUGCCGAAGCUUUCAAGAGAUGCAUUGAGCUCGAUUUGCCUGGCAUUGAUGAGCCUGGACCUUGGUAUGCCCGCAAGAUGGGUUCGAAGCAGAUCACCCUGGAAGAACGAACUCCAUUGAUGGUAGCCGCCACCUAUGGAAGCCUUGAUGUGUUGAAGCUGAUAGUUACUCUGCCUGAAGUCGAUCUGAACAGGUCGUGUGGCCUUGACAAAUGGACUGCACUCCAUUGUGCUGCCUUUGGAGGUUCAGUCAAUGCAAUUGAUGUCAUUAAGCUUCUGUUAUCUGCUGGUGCUGACCCCAAUGUUAUGGAUUCAAGUGGCCGUCGCCCAUCGGAUGUAAUAGUUGUCCCUCCAAAGCUUCCUGCUGUGAAAGCCUACAUUGAGGACUUGCUUAGGAACAAUACUUUUGAUGGAUUGGUUGGGGAUUGCAAUUUACAUGUCUCCAUAUCCAACUCCAAUGUAUCUUCACCUGUGCUGUCGUCGUCCCCAGAAAACCGGUCCCCACAUUCUCCAUCCUACUCCUUGUCCUCCCCUACAGCACAGGGAAAGCUUCCCGCUGCUAACUCCAUUUCGGAAAAGAAACAGUAUCCAGUGGACCCGUCUCUUCCAGACAUCAGGAACAGCAUCUUCUCCACGGACGAGUUUCGCAUGUUCUCUUUCAAAGUUCGGCCUUGCUCGAGGGCCUACUCCCACGACUGGACCGAGUGUCCCUUUGUUCACCCGGGAGAGAACGCCCGCCGGCGGGACCCGCGGAAGUUCCACUACAGCUGUGUGCCGUGCCCGGACUUCCGAAAGGGCGCCUGCAGGCGUGGUGACAUGUGCGAGUAUGCCCACGGCGUGUUCGAGUGCUGGCUCCAUCCGGCCCAGUACCGUACCCGCCUCUGCAAGGAUGGCACGAGCUGUGCCCGACAGGUUUGCUUUUUCGCACACACACAGGAGGAGCUUCGUCCCCUGUAUGUCUCCACUGGUUCGGGUCUGCCUUCCCCGAGAUCAUCAGCCUCGGCCCCUACUUUCAUGGACAUGGCCUCAGCUCUGAGCAUGUUCCCCAGUUCCCCGACCUCGCACAACCUCCAGUCGAGCCGCCUGAGGUCUUCCUUCAGCGCACGGGACAUCCCGCCUGAGGAUCUGAACAUGUUGCAGGAUUACGAGACCCAGCAGCUGUCACUUGUAAAAGAAUCACCACCUGAGAUGGCGGACAAGGACAAGCCGCCAGCCGGCCCCGUGCCAUCCGGUGAGUGUUUGAAUAAUAAUACUACUAAUUCUCAGACUGACUUGCUCGAUCACUCUGUUUUGGGAGCCUGGCUUGAGCAGAUGCGGCUCGAUCAGCUCGUAGUCUAG